AUGAAGUACGCACAAGCUAUCACGGCCGCGGCAUGGGCGCUGCUCCCGGCAACGUUAGCCGCACCCGCGGAGGGCACGCACAAGCGUGCCAUCUCAUCCAUCGUCAGCGGCACGCCCAUGGGUUUCGCAUCGGGGACGACCGGCGGCGGCGACGCGGCCACCGUGUACCCGACCACAGUCGACGAGCUAAAGAGCUACCUCACCUCGGCCGAGCCGCAGAACAUCGUCAUCUCGGGCACCUUCAACUUCCAGGGCACCGAAGGCACCAAGGUAGUUGACGCCUGCGACGCGUACCCGUGCACGACGAGCAACGGCGGACAGGCGCUUCUCAACACGCUCGGCGGCUGCGGCAGCAUCGCAACCUACAGCGUGUCGAUCGACGCGGCGGCGUACAACCCCAUCUACGUCGCGUCGGACAAGACGCUCGUCGGCAAGGACAACGCGGUGCUCUACGGCAAGGGCCUGCGCUUCUCCGACGUCUCCAACAUCAUCAUCCAGAACGUCGCCAUCACCAACCUAAACCCGGCAUACGUCUGGGGUGGCGAUGCCAUCGCGAUCACCGACUCUUCCAACAUCUGGAUUGACCACGUGACUACGUCCUAUCUGGGCCGACAACAUUACGCUUUCGGCACCGGAGCCAGUAGCGGUGUCACCAUCUCUAACAGCUUCCUCAAUGGCGAGACGUCCAACUCGGCCUCCUGUGACGGCCACACGUACUGGGGGCUCGAGCUAGUCGGGUCCGACGACACGAUCACAUUCUACCAAAACUACGUAUACAUGACCUCGGGCCGAACCCCGGCUCUAUCCGGCAACACGCUCUUCCACGCCGUCAACAACGUGUGGUCGUCGAACAGCGGCCACAUGCUCGAGGGCACCGACACCGGCAAGGGCCUCUACGAGGGCAACUACAUCGUCGACGCGCCCACCGUGGUCCAGUCCGGCUUCGUGGGCAGCCUGUUCACCUCGGACGCGUCCGUCGCCUCCCAGUGCGCGGCGUACCUGGGCCGCAACUGUGUUCCCAACACCCUGGUCAAUUCGGGCGCUUUCAGCUAUAGUGAUAGCAGCUUCCUGUCGCUGUUCUCUGGGAAGUCGAUCCCUGCUGCGGCUUCUGCUGCUUCGAUUGAGAGCUCUGUUCCGGCGGCGGCUGGGAAUAGGUUGUGA